GACCAUGAGAAUACCGGGUUGACGAGCUGCUGCGGGCUUUCUUGAACUUGCGAAACGCUGUCCAGUCCGGUGUCUUUCGCAAUUGCCCAGCGAUGCCCGUCUUUUCGUUCACACGCUCGUCGACGAGUACGCAGUAUAAUGUCAGCACCGUGUGUGCCGGCAACGCCAUCGCAGAGACUGAACCCAGGCUGUCUCUCGGCUACUCAAAAGUGCGAUUCCCUCGGCAAGUGCACCGGUGCAGGAGUACAGGUCAUGGGUCAAUGCCGCCCAUUAAUCAAUAUGCUUGAUAAUCCGUUGAUCCUGCAGGAACUAAUAUUUAAAGGCAUCGUCUCGUCUGGAAGGAACGUGUCAAGCUGCCGGGCGCCUGUAUAUUUACGGUGCAACCCCGCCCGCGAACCAGGGAUUUCGCAGAGGUUCUCCGCUGAUGCCCUAGAUGCACGGAUGAUGACGCCAAGAGCGCCAUCGAAAUGUAUCUCGACGACGCCCGUGCUACGGAGAUCGGCUGGGCUACGUCGAAAACACGACGCAAGGAUAGCGGUGGGAACAAGCGCCGUUAAAGCGCCCGGGACCUGGACGAACAUGUGGUCUGUUGGCAGCUGCACGAGGGGGUCUCCGUGCGCGCAACCGCGUCUGCAGUUGACGUCAGUCAUAUGACGCCUCCGCGCGCGAAUAGAAGGCGCGGCGCAACGGGUGCGUGAACAGAGGCGAGCACGGUGUCGCUGUGAUGGCUGGAGACGAUCACAGGCGUACGCGACGUUAUUCGGGACGAUGUCGGAGGGGCGAGCCGCCCGUGCUACUUCGGUCUUGGUCGUGCAGUCGGCCUGGGGCGGCGCCCGCGUUGGGUCCGAGAUGCACGGGUGUUAUUGAAGAAGAUGUGAUGAGCUGUUGCGCUCCGCAGCAAUAGAUGCGAUGGAGAUGAUGAAUUCGGUCUUCAUAACAGAGCAGAAUCG